CCCUCGCGGCCCGCCGCGCGCUCGGCCCUCGCGCUGAUCGGCGGCCGCCUCAGCCAAUGGCGUCACGCCAGCUCCCCACGCGGCCCCGCCCGCCACCCCUCGCUCAGGAAGCGCUGAUUGACGCACGGAACGACCAAUCACGCGAGGGAGGGGCGGGGUUUGUGCGGAGCGACGCGCGGCUCGACCAACUAGCGCGCGCCGGCGGACCCCGCUGACCAAUCGGCGAUGAGAGGCGGGACUCGCGAGGCCGGCCCCGCCCGCCGCCGAGGCGGGUAGCAACAGUUGCCCCGGUGAGGGACCAGGGAGGCCGCCAUAGCCACGGUCACCGUGGCGACCGCGCUCCGGCCCGGCCCGGCCCCUGCCGCCGCCGCCCGCCGCCCCGUCGGGCUCCGCCGGCAGCAGCAGCCGCGGCAGCGGGGGCGGGCGGAGCCCCCGCGGGGCCCCGGCGGCGGCCGCGGGCAGCCGUCGCCAUGGCGACCCAGCCCUCCUACGUCACCGAGAUGACGGCAGCAGCGACGUCACAGCCGCAGCCGCCCUCCGCCCCGCCCCCCGCCGGCCCCGCCCCUUUCGGGGCGGAGCUCGCGGGAGGCUCCGCCCCCGGCGCGCCCCCCCCGGCCGCCCCCGCGCCCCCCCCCCCCAGUUCAUCGUGGUCACCGUGGCCGCAGAGGGGCUGCGACCCCCGGAGGGCACCGAGGGCAGCCCCGCGCCCCCCGCGCCCCCCCAGCCCGGGCCCAGCCCCGGCGGGCAGCAGGUGCAGCAGCUCCCCCCGGUGCAGCACGUCUUCCCCGCCCCCUUCGUGGAGGGGGGGGAUGGGGCCUACGCCCCCCCCGGCGGCAUCCGCUCGGGCUCGUUCCCCUUCGCCGAGGCGCCGCUCUUCGCUCAGAACUCGGGGGGCUACUUCGAGGGGGGGGGAGGGGCGGCCCCGGUGCAGCCCAGCCCCCCCCCGCCCCCUCCCCCCCCCCCGCCGCCGCCCCCUCCCCCCUCCAGCGCGCAGCCCCCCCCCAGCAGCGCCCCCGUGCCCAUGUACGUGGCGGGGGGGGCGGGGGGGGCGCAGCUUCUGGGGGGCGCCGCCGCCGCCCCUCCCCCCCCCCCGCGGCCCCCGCCGCCCCCCCGGGGGGGGAGGCGCGUCCGGGACCCCCGGCGGGGGCACCUUCGUCAUCCAGGGGGGGUACGUGGGGGGCACGGGGGCGGCCUACGCCCACACCACCCGCGCCUCCCCCGCCACGGUGCAGUGGCUGCUGGACAAUUACGAGACGGCCGAGGGGGUGAGCCUGCCCCGCAGCGCGCUGUACUGCCACUACCUGCUGCACUGCCAGGGCCACAAGCUGGAGCCCGUCAACGCCGCCUCCUUCGGCAAACUCAUCCGCUCCGUCUUCAUGGGGCUGCGCACGCGCCGCCUCGGAACCAGGGGGAACUCCAAGUACCACUACUACGGGCUGCGCAUCAAGGCGGGCUCGCCGCUGCUGCGGCUGGUGGAGGACCAGCAGCACCUGGCCAUGCGCCAGCAGCCCUUCGCGCAGAAACAGCGCCUCAAGCCCGUGCAGAAAAUGGAGGGGGGGGUCACCAACGGCGUCUCCUCAGCGCCCGCCGCCCCCGGCGUCCCCGACAUCAGCGCCCAGGUGCAGCAGUACCAGCAGUUCUUGGACGCCUCCCGCUCGCUGCCGGAGUUCCCCGAGAUCGACGUGCAGGGCAAGGGGCUCCCCGAGGGCGCGGGGCUGGAGGACCUGCGGGCAUUCCAGCAGCUCUACCGGGAGCACUGCGAGGCCAUCGUGGACGUGAUGAUCAACCUGCAGUUCUCGCUGGUGGAGACGCUCUGGAAAAGCUUCUGGCGCUGCAGCGGCGAGAGCGACGCGCAGGAGGAGGCCGAGCGGCGCCUGCCCCGGCGGCGGCUGCUGCUGCUGGCGCGGCUGGAGCCCGUCCUGCGCUGGGUGCGCGACUGCGACCACGCGCUGUACCAGGGGCUGGUGGAGAUCCUGGUGCCCGACGUGCUGCGCCCCAUCCCCAGUGCCCUGACCCAGGCCAUCCGGAAUUUCGCCAAGAGCCUGGAGAGCUGGCUGGGCAACGCCAUGGUCAGCAUGCCCGAGGAGCUGGUGCGGGUCAAGGCGGCGGCGGCGGGCGCCUUCGCGCAGACCCUGCGCAGGUACACGUCCCUGAACCACCUGGCGCAGGCGGCGCGCGCAGUCCUGCAGAACACGGCCCAGAUCAGCCAAAUGCUCAGCGACCUCAACCGCGUCGACUUCGCCAACGUGCAGGAGCAGGCGGCCUGGGUGUGCCGCUGCGAGGCGCGGGUGGUGCAGCGCCUGGAGCAGGACUUCAAGGCCACGCUGGGCCAGCAGCACUCGCUGGAGCAGUGGGCGGCCUGGCUGGACGCUGUGGUGGCGCGAGUGCUGCGGCCACACCUGGGCACACCUGGGCUGCCCCGUGCCGCCAAGCUCUUCCUGCUCAAGUGGUCCUUCUACAGCUCGAUGGUGAUCCGGGACCUGACCCUGCGCAGCGCCGCCAGUUUCGGCUCCUUCCACCUGAUCCGGCUGCUCUACGAUGAGUACAUGUACUACCUGGUGGAGCAGCGCGUGGCGCGGGCACGGGGCACCUGCCCCAUCGCCGUCAUGGGCGAGUUCGCCAACCUGACGAGUUCCCUGAACCCGCAGGACCCUGACAAAGAGGAGGAUGAGGAGGAGGAGGAGGAGGAGAGCGAGGAGGAGCUGCCGGCCGAGCUGGGGCUGGGGGGCGGCGCGGGUCCCCCCGGGGCGCGGCCGGAGCCGCCGCCGGAGCCGCCGCUGGAGCCGCCGCCCCCGAAAGCGGCGCGGGCGGACCCGCGCGGGCUCCUGGUGCCGGCGCUGCCGUCCCGCUGAGCCCCCGCGGGGGCUGCUCGUGCCUUACGGACCCACGGGGGGCUGCGCGGACACGGGGGGGCAAAUCCCCGCCCCCGCCCCUCCCCCGCCCUCCGCAGUGCCAACCCCCCAUCCCCCAUCCCCCCGCUGCCUUACGCCCCCUCCCCCCCCGCAUGUCGGGCCCCCCACCCGCGCUUCGCCCCCCCCCCCCGUAUUCGAUUUUGGCGUUUUUCGGUCAUUUUGUGCUUUGUGCCCCCCCCGGGGGGAGGGGCCGUGUCCGUGGCCGCCCGUGUGGAAAUUGGAGCCAAGCCUGGAAUUCUCUGGGGGGUUGGGGGGCGCGGGGGGGGCGGGGGUGGGUGGGGGUCUCACCCAUAUCCCCCCCACCCCCCCCCACCGCCGCGUGUGCCCCCCGCCCCCCCGCCCCCCCCCCCUUGCAGACGCUGUUUUUUACCUUUUGUAGCUUCUUUGUAAAAGGAAUAAAAAGCAACGGCGGUGUCGGGCCGGCCCUGCCUGCGCGGGGUCACCCCAAA